AUGGCGGGCCCGGGCGCGAGCGGCGGUGCCGGGCGCGGCUGGCGGCGGGGGGGCGCGGCGGCGGCGGCGGCGGCGGUGCUGGUGCCGCUGUGCUCGGUGCGCGGCCGCCCCGCGCUGCUCUUCACGCUCCGCUCCCGCCGCCUCGCCGGCCCCCACAGCGGCGACGUCAGCUUCCCCGGUGGGCGGCGGGACCCGGCGGACGGGGACGCGGUGGCCACGGCUCUGCGGGAGACGCGGGAGGAGCUGGGGGUGGCGGUGGCAGCCGCCAGCGUCUGGGGACAGCUUCGGACGCUGCCCGACCGGCAGGGAAUGACUGUGGCACCCGUUGUGGCCAACCUGGGGCCGCUGGAGGCCUUGACGCUGAACCCCAACCCCGAUGAGGUGGAGGAGGUGUUCACCCUGCCCCUGGCUCACCUGCUCCGCGAGGAGAACCAGGGCUACACGCACUUCCGCACGGCCAGCGGCUACGGAUACACCUUGCCCGUGUUCCUCAACGGCCCCCACAAGGUGUGGGGGCUCACGGCCAUCAUCACCGAGCUGACCCUGGAGCUGCUGGUGCCCGGCCGCUACCGCAGGAAGACCCACGUGCCUCCCCGCAAAGCCCCGGCCUGAGCAGGCAGCGCGCGGCUGCGGGUCCCCGUGCCUCGGGUCUCCACCGUGCACAGGGGAAACGGCUCCGAGCCCGGCAGUGAUGUCGCACACUGUGAUUCAGUAAAAGCCAUGUUUGGAACUGC